GCUUGCCCUUUAAAAGAGCGGGGCCUGCGCCAACCGUGCCACACUGCGGGAACCAGGACACAAGGCCGCUUUCCCCGGAGUCUCUUCAUCUCGCCUUCCGUCUGCAUCUCACUCACCGCUCCGGCUGCCAUUCUCUUCUCCGCGCAGAUUCGGGCGAGCCGGGCCAUGCAGCCCGCGGUGCUUCUUGGCUUCCUGGGAGCCACGAUGUUGGCCGCUGUCAGUUCUAUGCCAGUGGACAACAGGAACCACAAUGAAGAAAUGGUGACUCGCUGCAUCAUCGAGGUCCUCUCAAGUGCCCUGUCGAAGUCCAACGCUCCACCCAUCACCCCUGAGUGCCGACAAAUCCUGAGGAAGAGUGGAAAAGAGGUCAAAGAUGAAGAGAAAAGUGAAAAUGAAAACACAAGGUUUGAAGUCAGAUUGUUAAGAGACCCAGCUGACACCUCUGAAGCUCACAGGGCCUCCAGCAGGGAGGACGCGGGAGCCCCAGGGGAGGACACCCAAGGCCCUCCAGUGGCGGACACAGAGGGAGGUGGGCACAGCCGAGAGGGUGCAGGCGAGCCCCAAGGGAGCCUCUAUCCCUCUGACAGCCACGUCGCCACAGAAGCAAAGUCACACCACUCUGAGAAGGGCAAGGGGGAGACGUAUCAGAAAAGGGAGCAUGGGGAAGAUGGCAGUCAGGAGAGGCACCUCGAGGAGCCAGGAGAGACACAGAUCGCUUUUCUCAACCAACCGAACCCGGCGGGGGCUGAGACAUCUGAGAAGCUUGUGUCCAGAUACGGUAGUGCCCGAGGCCCUGAGAAGACCCACAGCCGGGAGAGGAGCAGCCAGGAGAGUGGGGAGGAGACGAGGGGCCCCGAGAAAUGGCCCCGAGAGCCUGCAAGCCGACCCGAGGGCCAGGAGGAAUCCGAGGAAAGUGAGGAAGAUGCCAGCCCCGAGGUGGACAAACGCUCGAGGCCAAGACACCAUCACGGGAGGAGCAGGCCCGACAGGUCCUCCCAGGAAGGGAAUCCCCCCCGGGAGGAAAGCAGACACCCUCUCCAGGACCCCGAGGAGUCGGACGUGGGCACGGCCAGCUUCGGGGCAAAGAGAGCCUGGCAUCCAACCCACCGCCGGGCUUCCGAGGAAGAACCUGAAUUGGGGGAGGAAGGGAGGAGCUACCCAGCCGUCCAGGCUCCCGGGGACCUGGAGGGGGCACGAGCUGGGGGCAGAGGGAGUGGAGAGCCGCGGGCCCCCAGGCCUCCCAGUGACGAGAACCGAGAGGAGGAGGACAAGGGGAACCGUCCCCGCACAGAGCUCAGUAACGGGGCGCGCGGAUCCAGCGACGGGAGUGAGGGAGAGCGAGGCCACCACGGGGGACGCAGCCCCACAGCCCGGGGCGGGGAGCCGGGCGCCUACGCCACUCCGGACAGAACAGAAGACAAACGGUUCUUGGGUGAAGCCCGCAGCCGUGCUCAGGAAAGCCAGAUGGACCAGGCAAGGCGGCAUGCCCAAGGCGAGCUGAGAAAUUACCUCAACUACGGCGAGGAGGGAGCCCAGGGGAAGUGGCCCCCGCAGGGGGACCUGCAAGGCACGGAGGAGAACAGGGAGGACGCGAGGCUUCCAGGCAGACAGUAUGCUCCCCGGCACAUCACUGAGAAGCGAUUAGGGGAGCUACUCAGUCCAUACUACGACCCUUCCCAGUGGAAGAGCAGCCAUUUUCAGAGAAGAGACAACAGGGAUGAGAAUUUUCUGGAGGGUGAAGAGGAAAAUGGGCUGACCUUGAAUGAGAAGAAUUUCUUCCCAGAAUACAACUAUGACUGGUGGGAGAAAAAGCCCUUUGAGGAGGACGUAAACUGGGGAUAUGAGAAGAGGAACCUCGCCCCCAAGCUGGACGUGAAAAGGCAGUAUGACAGAGUGGCUGAGCUGGACCGGCUCCUUCACUACAGGAAGAAGUCCGCUGAGUUUCCAGACUUCUAUGACUCCGAGGAGCAGAUGAGCCCACGCCACCCGGCAGAGAAUGAGAAAGAGAGGGCUGGCCAAGGAGCUCUGACGGAGGAGGAGGAAAAAGAACUUGAAAAUUUGGCUGCGAUGGAUCUGGAGCUACAGAAAAUAGCCGAGAAGUUCAGCGGUAACCGAAGGGGCUGAUGGGCAUUGGAGCAAAAGGCAGAUUUAAGAAGCAGCCCUCGUAUUAUGUUUUCCGACACUUCACUGAAAGACAACAUGUAUUUACCCAAAGGCAGAAAGUAGAAUUUACUUUUCAUCAAAAGUUUGACACAACUGGAAAUGUCUUUAAUUUUUGCCAGAAUGCUAUGGAAAAUAUGAAUAGCAUGACUUGUAGCAUAUUCUUUAUUGAAAAAUAGAUGUAUUAACAUGCUUGUGACAAUGACUGUGCUACUGUCCUUGAAAAAAAAAUGCUUGUCUCAGCUUGAAAUAAUAAAAGAUUCACCUGAGGCCAAAA